GCAACAGUGCCACCUGUUUGACUGGUGGGGGCUGAGCCUGGAAGAGGGAGGAGGCUGACAACUCGGAGAGGACCUGGGAAACAGUGCAGUGCACAGCAGAGGGCAGAGAGCAGAGCGGACCUGCUGCUGAGAAAAGGCCCUCACCAUGGGUGAGUCUCCCGGCUGCUGCUCGGUCUGGGCCCACUGCCUCCACUGCCUGUAUAGCUGCCACUGGAAGAAAUGCCCCAAAGAAAGGACACAAACCAACCAGUGCGAAUGCAUCUGGUUUGGCCUGCUCUUCCUCACCUUUCUCCUCUCCCUGGGCUGGCUGUACGUCGUGCUCAUCCUUCUCAAUGACCUGCACAACUUCAAUGAAUUCCUGUUCCAGCACUGGGGACACUGGAUGGACUGGUCCCCGGCAUUCCUGCUGGUCAUCUCUCUACUGGUCACAUACGCAUCCCUGCUCUUGCUCCUGGCCCUGUUCCUGCGGCUCUGUGGCCAGCCUCUGUGCCUGCACACCACUCACAAGGUGCUGCUGCUCCUCAUUAUACUUCUUGUGGCCGCUGGCCUUGUGGGACUGGAGGUCCAAUGGCGGCAGGAGUGGCAUAGCUUACGUCUGUCACUGCAGGCCACAGCCCCAUUCCUUCAUAUUGGAGCAGUUGCUGGCAUCACUCUCCUGGCCUGGCCUGUGGCUGAUACCUUCUACCGUAUCCACCAAAGAGGUCCCAAGAUUCUGCUACUUCUCCUAUUUUUUGGAGUUGCCCUGGCCAUCUACCUGGUGCCCCUAUUCAUCUCCUCAGCCUGUAUCAUGGAAUCCAAAGACUUACCCCCCAAGCCUGAGCUGAUGGGACACCGAGGGGCCCCCAUGCUGGCCCCCGAGAACACUCUGAUGUCCCUGCGGAAGACAGCUGAAUGUGGAGCUGUUGUGUUUGAGACCGAUGUGAUGGUCAGCUCCAACGGGAUCCCCUUCCUCAUGCAUGAUGAGCGCCUGACCAGGACCACAGAUGUGGCCACUGUGUUCCCACACCGAGUCAACAGCCACAGUAGCAACUUCUCCUGGACUGAGCUGAAGAGACUCAAUGCCGGGGCCUGGUUCCUACAGAGGCGACCCUUCUGGGGGGCUAAGCAGCUGUCAGGCCCUGAUCGGAAAGACGCUGAGAAUCAGACAGUGCCAGCCCUGAAAGAACUACUGAAAGAAGCUGAAGCCCACAACCUUUCUGUCAUGUUUGACCUGCGCCGCCCCCCACGAAACCAUACAUACCAUGACACUUUCGUGAACCAGACACUGGAGACUGUGCUGAGUUCAGGGGUGCCCCAAGACAUGGUCCUCUGGCUACCGGAUGAAGAUCGGGCUUAUGUUCAACAACAGGCCCCCCAAAUGCGCCAGAUAUAUGGACAUCUGGGAGGCCACAGCACUGAGAGGCCCCUGUUUCUCAACCUCCCCUAUCAAGACCUGCCACUGUUGGAUAUCAAAGCACUGCACCAAGAUAAUGUCUCGGUGAACCUAUUUGUAGUGAACAAGCCCUGGCUCUUCUCCCUACUCUGGUGUGCAGGGGUGGAUUCGGUCACCACCAAUGACUGCCAGCUGCUGCAGCAGAUGCGUUACCCUGUCUGGCUUAUUUCCCCUCAAACCUACCUACUGAUGUGGAUCAUUACCAAUUGUGUCUCCAUCCUGCUGCUUUUGUGGACCUUCCUCCUCCAACGGCUUAGAAACAGCAGUGCUGCUGACCAGGAUCAACGCAUUCAUAAUGGAGUAAACGCCCUGUCCUGGACCCCCACCAGCCAAAGUCUGAGGCCUGUCUGCAUUGGCCAACAGCAAGGAGGAAGAGAGAAUGGCCGAGGUGGAAUGUUGGUGGGGUUGGCGUGGGGUGAACUUUGCCAAUAGGAGGUUUUGAACUAUGAGGGCCCUCUGCCCAGAUGGUGGCAUGCCCCAAGCUUCCAUGGAAUCUGUUCCCCUUGGGAUUUUGACCUGAAGUGGUUAGGAAGACACUGAGUCACCAGAAGUUUCUCCCCAAAUGAAACUAGAACAGAGGAAGAGACGAGGAGAUUGCCAAGAGAAUGUUUCUGAUCUGUGUUCACGUGUUCUUGUGUAGAAGGCACAGGGUGUCAGGGAUGGGACAGCUUGGAACAGACUGAAGGAGAUGACAAAACGGCCUUUCCUGGAGAACUAUAAGAUGAUGGAGAUAUUGACCUGGCUUCAUUCACUGUCUCCCCUGACAUAUGCAAUUUAUCUGAUUUCCUGCCUAGAGGCUGGGGGCCAAAGAGCCCAUCUAGCCAUGUAAUUCUGUGCCUACAGGUGGCUUUUUGCUGUGCACAGUCUUUUCCUCAAGACACAUUCGUUCCUGAAUCUUGUCCGUUAAUCGGUUAUUCAGUGAAUUGAAUGCCCAUUUGGCACAGUCUAAUCUUUUCAGCGCUGGGGCUGGGUGGAGGAUGCACCUUCCAUCUAGGGUU